AUGGGCAUUGCCAUCCUUUCGGGUGUGCUCUCGUCCCUCGAGGACCGCUUGGCUACCUACCCCGACGGCCGCAACACCCCUCGCGAGCCCAGCUCGGGCAUCUCGACCCCGACUGCCUCGCUCUUCCUUGACGCGCCCGAGGAGACCCUCCCCGCCAAGUUCAUUGCCACUGUCAGCCGCGAGGAGACUGCCCGCAAGCUGCGCAAGACGUUCGCCUCGGUCGGCCAGCUUGGCUCGUCCGUCGACGUUCGUUGUGGCGACGGCGCCAACGUUGCCGCUGCCAAGGCGGCCGACGUUAUUAUCAUUUGCUCCAAGCCCAACAUUGCCAAGAUUAUUCUCCACGAGGAGGGCAUGAAGGAGGCCAUCGAGGGCAAGAUUGUCGUCUCCAUCUGUGCCGGUGUCACCAUGUCCCAGCUCCAGUCGUGGGUCGCCCCCAGCACCACUGUGGUCCGCGCCAUGCCCAACACCCCAUGCAAGAUCCGCGAGGGUAUGACCAUCGUUACCCCCCUUACCGACGCUCGUUCGCGUGCCCUUAUCCUGGCCAUCUUCACCUCGUGCGGCCGCUGCCGUUUCCUCGACGAGAAGCACUUUGACGCCUGUACUGCUCUCGCCGGUUCGGGUCCCGCCUUUGUUGCUCUUGUCCUCGAGGCCAUGGCCGACGGUGCCGUCAUGAUGGGCAUGCCCCGUGCUGAGGCCCAGGAGAUUGCUGCUCAGACCAUCCAGGGUACCGGCCGCAUGGCCCUCUACGCUGGCCUGCACCCGGCCCAGCUCAAGGACAGUGUCACCACCCCCGGUGGCUGCACCAUUGCCGGCCUGCUGACGAUGGAGGACGGUCGUGUGCGUUCGACCAUGGCCCGUGCCAUUCAGGUCGCCACAAACCACGCUGCGGGUCUUGGCCAGGACAAGAAGUAG